AUGAUUGAAUCGGAUUCUAUAACUACUGUACGGUCUUCUGAUGUUCAGACAAAUCGAACAAUCACAAGUGCUAUUUUGUUACAAGCUCAGAAAGAGACCCAUCGUAAUUUACAAUCAUUCACAGGUGACCUCACUCAAGAUGUUGAUGAAUACAUCGAACGAAUCGAAAAUAUAGGUUCAUUAACAAACGAACCAGGUGAAGUACUAGAUAUUUUGUUAAAAGAAAAACUUAGUGGUCAAGCUGAACGAUGGUAUAAAGAUAAUCAGAAUUCUUUAAAUACUUGGCCCAUAUUGAGAACUUGUCUUCGAGAAAGAUUUCAACAACCAUGGUUGAAGCAGACUUUGUUUAGCACUUUAGACAAUCGAAAACAGGAAGCUCAUGAAUCAGUGAAUGAUUAUUAUGAUGUUGUUUGUCGAUUGUGUCGUCGCAUUGAUUCUAAAAUGUCGAAACAAAUGAUAUUACAUUUUCUUCAAAAAGGUAUUAGAGAUGAAAUAAAAACGAAUAUAACCAGAUUAAUGCUAACGGACAAUGAUCCUACACCAGAAACGUUUCUAAAAUUUGCAAAAAUUGAAGAACAUGUCGAAAAAAUGAAUCAAUCUUUGGAUACUAAUAAUACGUACUUUAAUCAACCUACUCAAUCUUAUAUGAUGACAUCGGCUGUGAACUCUUCAUCAACAGCAAAGCAAUAUACAAAUCAUAUACCACCCUUAUCGAAACCGUAUCCAAUAAACCAAUCAACUGUAUAUGAUAAUUCUAAUUAUCAUCAACCUGUUCGUACCAACAAUACUUCGGAAAGUUAUGGUUGUACAUCAGUCAACAUUAUAGGUGAAGUCGAGCUUGAAAUAAAAGCUAAUGGUCACAAAACCUUUAUUGUUGCUGAUGUUGCUUCAGACCUUAUCGCUAAUUUAUUGCUUGGUCAUGAUUGGCUAAAAAAUAACCAAGCCAUUAUUGAUCUCCAUCGUCAAUGUCUAACUCUUAACCAUUCAAACGGUCGUACAACUAAUACACCUAUUCUCGAUCUUACCGAAUUACAACAUCCAGUUUUGUUGCUUUCUCAGGUAACUAUAUCUCCAUAUAGUAAGCAAAUGAUAGAUGUUACAAUACCGUCAAUGCGGAAUCGAACGAAACGAGUAUUAUUCGAACCUAGUAAUAAUUUCAAACGGAAGUCUAUAUUUGCAGUAAAUGCUUUAGUUUAUAUAAAAAAUAAUCAGACCAAACUUAGCGUCACUAAUGCUACCGAACGUUCACAAACACUACCGAAAAAUUCAAAACUUGGCUCCAUCUCAUAUCAAUCACCUAGUAUUUGUUUGAUACUACCUAAUCAACCACGUCACGAGAGCAUCCAAUUACCGGAUUGCUUUUCUUCACGAGCUGAUGAUAAUCAACAUCAUCGAUGUUAUGUCUGCUGUAAACGAUUUCUAACAGGUAACGACUUGCAAUUCCAUUUACAGGCUACCUGUUAUCCACAGGAAAUGAGAAAAUAUAUUGAUAAUUUAACAGGUCAUAUUGAAAAUAAAAAACAUCUGAAUAGCCUAAAACGUGUCUUAUGGAGACAUGGGAAACUUUUCGACCUGCGUACUCCAUCGGUUAUACAAACUACAUUAAAACAUGCAAUCGAUACUGGUCAUCAUAAACCUAUGUAUACACCACCUUAUCGACAAUCGAAUCAAGCAUAA